GAUCUUUCAUGUUGAUUUUUUAAGACUCAAUAUUCGGACUGUUUACCCUAGCAAAUGCCGAAAUGUGAUCGAGAUCUAUUUAUAUGAUCGUGCGACGGAACCUUAAACAGACCAUGGCAUGUAUGGCCACAAAUAAAUUUACGUAGCUAUAUAUUAUUAUCAUAGAGGAAAUUCCUCUCCACUAUUAUCUGCUAUUACUAUUACUUCACAUUCAAACUUCGUAUUACCAGUUUAUGUGUGUGUUAAAUAGUCAAUUGAAUUAAAUUCAUGAUAUCGCGCAGUUUUCAAACUUCCUUCAGGAUCGUGCCGCGAUUUUUGUGUAACAACGUAAUCAACAUGCCUCCAAAACAAACUCGAGCUCCAAAGGAAAAUUCUAUGGGAAUUAAAAGUGAAAAAAAAAAUAAAGUAAAAUCAGAAGCAACAAAGAAAAGGUCUAAACGUAGUACAGAUGAUAACGAAGAACCUACUGCAAAGCGUUUCAAAACAGACAAAAAAUCAAUUUUGAAUAGAAUAGAUACAAAUUUAAAUGAAAUUGAUUUUGGUUGUUCAAAGUUAAAUGCAAAAGGAAACAAAUAUAACUUAAAAAUUUCCAGUUGGAAUGUUUCUGGCAUAAGAGCGGUUAUUAAAAAAAAUGGAGCGGAAUAUAUGUUGAAAGAAGAUGCAGAUAUAAUUGCAUUACAAGAGACCAAAUGUGAUAAAAAUAAGUUACCUGAAGAAGUUAAAUUAAAUGGAUAUCAUUAUUAUUUUCUUGAGAGUAAAAAACCUGGAUAUUGUGGUGUUGCAUUAUACACAAAAGAAAAACCAAUUGAUAUAAAAUAUGGUUUAGAUAAUGUUGAAUUUGAUAGUGAAGGGAGAUUAAUUACUGCAGAAUAUUCAAAUUUCUACUUAGUUAAUGUUUAUGUUCCUAAUGCUGGUCAAAAAUUAAUAACAUUGCCAAAAAGAUUGAAGUGGAACGAAGCUUUUAAAGCUUAUGUAAAGAAUCUGGAUGAAAAGAAACCUGUUAUUAUUUGUGGUGAUAUGAAUGUUGCUCACCAAAAAAUAGAUCUCAAAAAUCCAGACACGAAUAAAAAAAAUGCUGGAUUUACACAGGAGGAACGAAGUGGUAUGACAGAUUUCUUAGAUGCAGGAUUUGUGGAUACUUUUAGAGCUUUAUAUCCUGAUAAGGAAGGUGCAUAUACAUUUUGGUCAUAUUUUGCUAAUGCACGUAGUAAAAAUAUAGGAUGGAGACUAGACUAUUUUUUGGUGUCAAAACAAAUUAAGGAUAAUGUUUGUGACAAUGUUAUAAGGGAUAAGGUGUAUGGCAGUGAUCAUUGUCCUAUUGUACUUUACAUUAACAUAUGAUUAAAUAUGUAUAACUGAAUGCAUACUUCAUACUUAUAAUAUGUGUUCAAGUAAUUUACUAAGUUUGUUGUAUUUAAUCUAUUUAUUUCGUGUUCUAAAAAUAAAAUUUUAUUUGAAAAAUA